AUGGCAUUUUCGACCCCGAUUGCAGUUCUUUUUAUCGCUAUUUUUACGACCCAUCUCUUACUUGCACCAUCUACUUCAGAUGCUGCGAUUACGUGCAGCGACGUGAUCAAAGAUCUGAAGCCAUGUAUUAACUACCUAAAAAGUGGCAGUGGAACGCCCCCGGCCGACUGCUGCACCGGAGCAUCAAAUCUUGCAUCAAGUACUACAUCAACAGCUGACAAGCAGGCUGCAUGUACCUGCCUUAAGAAUGCUUCCAAGAACAUAAAUGUCAAGCCUGAACUUGCUAAAUCUCUUCCAGGGAAUUGUGGCAUCAGCUUUCCUUAUCCUCUCUCUCCAACUGUUGAUUGUACCAAGAUCAAUUAA